UUUGAGGAAUAUAUAAAGUUUGGUUUGCAUUUGAGUUCAUUGCUUCUUAAUUCUCGUGUUUAGAAAAAGCGGCAAAAAAGAUUUUUCAACUGCAAUCUUGGAGAGGAAGAAGUCUCCCAACCGUCUUCUUGUUGACGAAGCUAUAAAUGAUGAUAAUUCUGUUCUCUCUAUGCACCCCUCUAAAAUGGAAGAGCUUCAGCUAUUCCGAGGAGACACAGUUUUAGUGAAGGGGAAAAAGCGAAGGGAUACUAUAUGCAUUGUUCUUGCAGAUGAACAAUGUGAAGUGCCUAAAGUCAGAUUGAACAAAGUUGUUCGAGCCAAUCUUAGGGUACGGCUGGGGGAUGUUGUGUCAGUGCACCAGUGUCCUGAUGUGAAAUAUGGAAAGCGGGUUUACAUCCUUCCUCUGGAUGACACAAUUGAAGGUCUUACGGGAAACCUUUUUGAUGCAUACUUAAAGCCAUACUUUCUUGACUCUUACCGACCUGUUAGGAAGGGUGAUUUCUUCCUAGUUAGAGGGGGGAUGCGGAGUGUUGAAUUCAAAGUAGUUGAGACAGAUCCUGGUGAGUAUUGUGUGGUUGCACCUGAUACUGAGAUCUUCUGUGAGGGAGAUCCAAUCAAGCGCGAGGAUGAGGAGAGAUUAAAUGAAGUUGGAUACGAUGAUGUUGGUGGUGUGAGGAAGCAGAUGUCUCAGAUUCGUGAGCUAGUUGAGCUUCCUCUGAGACAUCCACAACUUUUCAAGUCUAUUGGUGUAAAGCCUCCAAAAGGUAUAUUGUUGUACGGGCCUCCAGGAUCCGGGAAAACUUUGAUUGCCAGAGCUGUAGCUAAUGAGACAGGUGCUUUUUUCUUCUUAAUAAAUGGGCCUGAAAUUAUGUCCAAGUUGGCUGGUGAGAGCGAGAGCAACUUAAGAAAGGCAUUUGAGGAGGCUGAAAAGAAUGCGCCAUCUAUUAUCUUUAUUGAUGAGAUAGAUUCCAUUGCUCCAAAGCGAGAAAAGACUCAGGGAGAAGUUGAGAGGCGCAUAGUGUCUCAACUUUUGACAUUGAUGGAUGGCCUCAAGUCCCGAGCUCAUGUGAUAGUUAUGGGGGCUACGAAUAGGCCAAACAGCAUUGACCCUGCUCUCAGAAGAUUUGGCAGAUUUGAUCGGGAGAUUGAUAUCGGUGUACCAGAUGAGGUGGGGAGACUUGAAGUCCUUAGAAUUCAUACAAAAAAUAUGAAGCUUGCCGAAGAUGUUGAUCUGGAAAAAGUUUCGAAAAAUACCCAUGGGUAUGUUGGUGCUGAUCUUGCUGCUCUGUGCACUGAGGCCGCCCUUCAGUGCAUCAGGGAGAAAAUGGAUGUCAUAGACUUGGAGGAUGAGACAAUUGAUGCAGAAAUAUUGAAUUCAAUGGCUGUUUCCAAUGAGCAUUUCCAGGCCGCAUUGGGAACUUCUAAUCCUUCAGCUUUGCGUGAAACUGUUGUGGAAGUUCCAGAUGUCUCUUGGGAUGAUAUUGGUGGAUUGGAAAAUGUUAAAAGGGAGCUUCAAGAGACUGUUCAAUACCCAGUGGAGCAUCCGGAGAAGUUUGAAAAAUUUGGCAUGUCACCUUCCAGAGGAGUUCUUUUUUAUGGGCCUCCUGGCUGUGGUAAAACAUUACUUGCCAAGGCUAUUGCUAAUGAAUGUCAGGCCAACUUCAUAAGUGUCAAAGGUCCUGAGUUGCUAACAAUGUGGUUUGGAGAAAGUGAGGCUAAUGUACGAGAAAUAUUUGACAAGGCUCGACAGUCAGCUCCAUGUGUACUUUUCUUUGAUGAAUUAGAUUCCAUUGCUACUCAGCGUGGCAGUUCACAGGGAGAUGCUGCGGAUAGAGUUUUGAACCAGCUUCUGACUGAGAUGGAUGGAAUGACAGCAAAGAAAACUGUUUUCAUAAUAGGUGCAACAAACAGACCAGACAUUAUUGAUCCAGCACUACUCAGACCAGGACGACUGGACCAGUUAAUAUACAUCCCUCUUCCAGAUGAUGCUUCUCGUCUUCAGAUUUUUAAGGCAUGCCUGCGGAAAUCUCCUGUCUCCCGAGAUGUUGACCUUCUAGCACUUGCACGCUACACAGUUGGCUUCAGUGGCGCAGAUAUAACUGAAAUUUGCCAACGUUCCUGCAAGUAUGCCAUCAGAGAAAAUAUUGAGAAGGAUAUGGAGAAAGAGAGAAGAAAGGCUGAGAAUCCUGAAGCAAUGGAAGAAGAUGAAGUGGAUGAGGUCCCAGAAAUUAAGCCAGCACACUUUGAGGAGUCCAUGAAAUAUGCACGAAGGAGUGUAAGUGAUGCAGACAUAAGGAAAUACCAAAUGUUUGCACAGACAUUACAGCAAUCUCGUGGAUUUGGAUCUGAGUUUAGGUUUACUGAUCGUCCUAGUAGUUCAACAGCUGCCAGAGCUGCAGAUCCAUUGGCAUCCACAACUGCUGGCAGAUACAAUGAUGACGACGAUGAUGAUCUUUACGGUUGAAGUCAAGUCUAGUAUAUGCAAGUUUUAGAAAAAUAUUUGAACACUCUAUUUUCGUAUUCUUCUGUACAUUUUGAUUUAUGUUUAUCUUUACGGGAAAGUAAACAGAGUGGUGUGACAAAUUCGGGCUUCAGAGUUUAGAUACUAUUUCAAGCUAGUUGCGCCAAGUCAGGGUUAUCUAGAUGUCUUCAUUGCUCCAUACUAGAUACUAGGAUCUGGUGCUAGCAGGCUAGUUUUCUCAGGUGCACACGACCCUUUAAAAUGCCUACUCCUAGAGAGAUCUAUCUGUAGUUUCUUUGAGUGUCGACUCUAGAUUCUUUUAUCUUGAGUAAAAUUGCUGGCGACAUCAAAUUCUAUGGCCUUAUUUCUUGUCCGACUAUGCUCAUUAAUCAUUAUGUUAAUAUACUUGAUAGCAUGUUGGGAAAGGCAUUUUUAGAUGUAAAUUGCAACUUUGGAAAACAGCCAUGCGGUCAGAUUAAGGGGUGACUUUUCAUCUGAUUAUGUACUUGUACUUUUACCUGGCUUUCAUCUAAUGUCCGAGGAUAUUCCCUGUUUAAGUAGCUUUGCAGCUGUUUUUGUUCCUGUCCAAGAUUACGGAUUUCAGGUGCGUUAGCUAGCUUUGUGUUCUGAGAACUUUCAUUUUCAAAUAUUUUGGUAUACACUUCUUUCAUACAUGCUUUUGCAACUAUGAAGUGAAUAGAUAACACAACACAUAUUGUUCUGCAUCAGGGGUAGGACAGCCAGAAAUAAUGGAGGGGGUAUGGAAACAAAAACAUCUAUAUCCGUCUCUUUCCCUCCACUGUUUUCUUAGGAAAGAGAAAUCAUCAUUGUUGCAACUACAUGAAGAACACAGGGCUUCUACACAUGUAUCUCUACAUGUUGAUUAUUAUUCAUCUAAUUAUUAUGUCCCUUUCCCUUUAUCAAGAAACGAUAGAAAUGACUUGUCUAAUCUUUUUUAAA